ACUUCAGGGCGCUUCCAACGGUCCAACUGACGACGUUGCUGCUGCUGGAUGGAGACAGAGAGAGAAGGGGGGAUUGCCUCAGAGGGAGAGGGGGAUAUACGUUUUCCCCUGUGCUUUUUUGUAAUUACCCUUUACUCAAGGAGAGAGGAGGCGUGUGAGUAGGAGUGUUAACAUUUUCCAGAGAGUAGGAGUUAUUUUCAGUGUGGAGUCACAGUGUGGAGGAGCUUGAACGGUUAACUAAAGUUGAGUGGGGCUCCCGCGGAGAGUGGAAACUAGCUAGCCCUCCUCACAUCUGUUGCCAGUCAAAGCUAGCUAUGCCUUUUAAAUCAUCGGCACAUAGUUUGGUCCAAAGUAAAAUAGUGCCACUUCUUGUAUUUGUAGAUUAGCGCAGGUUUCCACGUUUGGAAAGGGAGAAGUUGGGAAGAAACCGGUUUUCCCUGGUACUCUUGCGCCGCUUUUGUGUUUGUGAAUGGUGCGGUGUUUUUCCUGUUUGACAGGGCCGAUUGUCAGGGAGAAGAAGUUUACUUCACUGCUGCAGAACACACGGGCUCAUCGGUAAGUUGCUGUAAAACACUUAUUGUCAUAAAGAAAUGUGAUUACGCGUUGUAAAAGCUAUACCACUGGUUUACUUUUCACUUCAAGCCCAGGGGUUUGGUUGUGUGCAAGUGGUUUUCAGAUACCUACAGAUUUCACUACCACAGAUGAUCGAUAAUAUUUGAGCAAUUCAGUCUCUGGGUCUGACUUAUCAUUGUCAAAAUCCAUCACGCGAAAUGUUUGUCUCACUCAACACUUAUCUACCAAGAUUGUUUCUAUUGCUGCUUUUCUUUUAAGUCAUUGUACUCCAAAAGCCAACAAUGCAACUCGUCCUUCAGCCUUUGACAAAAGACAUAAUGAUCCAGUGUGACUGUGGCUUUGUUUGGAUGCACUGAUCACAUCACAUUGUAUUCACUUUGAAAUUAAUGCAUUGAGUUUUAAAAGGUGUGGUAGUGGAUGAUGAGAAGUACUCUUUGGCUGUAAACAAAAACAGAAAAAGUCAACCAAGGAACAAAAACAAUGAAAUAAAAUCCCAAAGAACACCCACUGACACAUUAUCUUACAAUGAAUACUAAAUAAAACAAAUAAGAGUUAAGAUAAAACCAAGAACAGUAUAAUGAAAGACCUGUUAGACAAUGUACCAUAGCAAGAGACAGAGUUGACUUAGAUUUAAGGUCAUCGAGAAGACGUCUUUAGCAGCUGCUAUAUGAUUUGUUAAGGUGAAUUCUGUCACAUCCUGUUGACUCCACAGGGUUGUGAUGAAUCUGACCGUUUACUCAAACAGAACUACAUGUUCAUUCUUUAUUACCAUCUAUAAUAGUCUAAAAAAAUAUGUGAACUAUAUGAAAAGCAAUAUUUUCAUGUCUCCCUAUGGCCUCUGUAGAAAGUAGACAGCCCUGGCCUGUGGAUCUGCUGUGUGAUCCAAGGUAGGAGUGCCGCUUGGUUCUUUGGGCAGCGUGAUGACAGCCUACAGGUCCUGUCUUUACUGGGGAGUGCACUCUGUAGUUACAUCCCCCCCUUUCUACUUGACCUAUACUCUGUCUGCCUCCACCAGAUGGUUUGGCCCCUUUGGAAACCUUUGAAAAGGCAGAGAGAGGAAGCCCUUCCCUUUUUUUUAGGGGGAAAAACGUGCACAGGAAAGAAAGCAUGAAGAGCAGAGGGUGAUGAAAGUUUGACUGCACAUGUUGUUUUGCUGGUACCUUUCAAUUAGUUUGAAUGAAAAGGUCUCAUUUUUGUCUUUCCGUGGUUUUGAGAAUAUACUUAGACCAUGCUUAACUUACAUAAACAAUGAGAUUUUAAAAUUUAAUGAUAAGGGAAACUUAGAGAAUUGAACACAUUUGGAACUGCAGUAAGACUUUGUGAGUUACUGCUGUAAGAGUAAGUGAGUAACAGACGGUGACACAUAAAGCAAAGUAGGAAAUUCAGCGUGAGGGAACAUACUUUAAAUUUUGGAUCAGCAUUUUGUCAAAAGCUGCCUUUAUGUGGUCAACACUUGACCAGUAGCACACUUCAUGUUGAGAUGUGAAGUCAAAUAGCUUUAAACUAAUCUGGUUGUCUAAGAAUGCAUAUAGAAUAUGACCUAAUUAGUUGUUGAAAUUUUAGCUGUUGUACCAGCUGUAGACUAAAGUAUUUGUAGUUUAUGUGGUGGUUCCUCAUAAUAUAUUUUACCAGUAGAAACUGAUGAGAGAAACACAGAAUCUGCUUUACCUCUGCUGUCAGCUGUUGAGACAUGAAAAAGGUACUGAGAAUUGAAGCAGUCACAAAUGCAGUUUCACACAGGCCCUGUUAUGUACUGUUCAGCUGAGUUUACUUCAGAUUGUGGUUCCUCUUCCUUUGUCUAUUGAACAGCACAUAACAAUAACACCUCUACGUCUUGGAGUGAUUAUUAGCUUGGUCUUUUGAAUAGGAGCAGUGUUAAAGAGGAUAUCUGCGGCUAUAAUCUGCACAGGACCCACAGCUGGGAUUUAUCCCUAAAGGAAACCACUGUUUUUAGUACCCAGACCCUCAACUUUUCUGUGUUUAGGGAAUUUAAUAACUGUGGGACAAAUCAUGUGUAUAUCUAUUAGGGCCCGACGGAUAUGGAUUUUUUGGGUUGAUGCCGAUACCGAUUAUUGGGGGGGGGGGGGGUUCUGAUUACCGAUUAAUCGGCCGAUUUUUAACAUUUUUUAUUAAGUUAUAAAAAAUAUAUAUAGACUGCAGAUAGUAAAUAUACUGUAGGCUACUGCUCUUCACGCCGACAAUAAGACUGACUGAUCAAACUCAUGCAGCUGCCUCAGUAAGAGAAGUAGCUCGAUCACGUACUGUGUACUGUUGUUUAUUUAUUUUAUUGUUACUGGCAUGGCUAACAGUUUAGCAAGGCUAAUAGCAGAUGGCUAACUCUAACUUUAGCUUUCAUAUUACAUUGUGCUUCACCGUUAACUUGGCGUGACCCAGACCAGCACAGCGGGGAACAUCGUGAAGUGGGUUGAACUGAAACUUGUUGACUUAUUGUGUACGUCACAAGCUGGUUUAUUUACUGUUGCUGCGGACCACUCUCCUCCGUGCGUCUGCCUACUUCAGAUCCGUCACUCUGCUGUGCUGUGAGGUAGUUAGUGGAUGAAGAUUGUCAUGAGGUCGCUGUGCCAUCUACAGGAUAAGUCGGGGAACUUUUCAAAUGGCGGAACAUUUUCGAAGUGAAAUCUUAUCUUAUUUUAUUCUCCGCAUUUUAUUUCUGAAAAUAUCGGCGACAAUCGGGGAGUUUUGGCUGAUUACCGAUUAGUCUCAAACGGGCUAAAAUUGGCCGAUUUAAUCAGCUUGUCGGUAAAUUGGUCAGGUCCUUAUAUCUAUAUACAUUUCCAGAAAUUUGAGGUUAUCGAUGUGGAAUGUAAGGACUAAAUUGAAAUAACCUUGUACUAAGAAGUCUCUGCUGCAUAAAUAAUGAACAGGUUUAGUCUAACAGGGCACAGAAGAAAAUUUUAAGACGUCAAAUGGGGCUUGAUGUGACUUUUUGUAUCACUUAUUUGCAUACCUUUAUAAACCAUAACUUUGUCACACAGACAGGAAAACUGACCUAGCUAAGGGUUAACCUGAGUUAGUGUUGUACUCACCAAUGGAAGGAUCUCCCUAGUGCUAGAAAAGCCUCAUUGUUAAGUGAAAACCACAAAAAAACUGAUAUCAUACCAGUCCUUUUCAAACACCCAUCCAUAGGCUACUUAUAGCACUUAAACACUAGCUACAGUUGAGACAUGAGAGCGCCUUUCAGUUUGCUUAGGAAACGGAGCCCACGCAUGAUAUUUUAGGACUGUGAGAUCGCUGUAGGAGGUACAAUUAUUGUGAACUGGAAUUUGACAAAGAGGGUUAAAUGGCCGCUCUAAAUGACAGAGCAGCAGAAAUAUAUAGGCGCUGCAUGGAGGUCUGAGCCACGACUGUGUUCUGACCUUCCUUAUGCCACUGAAGCAAUCCUAUCUGACCCUAAUUCAGUCACUGGCUUAUUUUAUUUUACUUUGGCAGUCUGCCUAAGCUGCUUGAUCAUUAGUUCAGCUGUUUGAUUAGAGCAUAGCAGAGUUUAGAUUAUGCUACAAUACCAUGCUUAAGAUUUCCCUUUGUUCUGUUCUGUACAGAGGUCAGAACAGCUCAGAAACCAGUUAGGCAUCGCUGUCUCUCUCAAGGGCUCCUCUGCACCACGGGGCGGUUACUUUUAGGUUCCCUACACCCACCAAGUAUUUAUCUGCAGCGUAUACCAUCUCAUACACAGCUAUAAUGUCAUGCUCUCUCAUAUGAACAUCAGACUCACUCCACCACACUGUCAACUAAAUGCUGCUCUGAACCACAAACCCCUAAUAGAGCGUUGUGGGUCUGCUCCUCCUUGCUUGCCGCACAUACUGUAAACUCCUGUUGCUGGGUUGAAACUCCGACUUACUGCAGCACACACCUUAACUUCAAGGAUGAAUAGAAGUUCUUAGCAUGGAUUUCAACCAUGUUAAUGACCAUGUGUAUACUGAUUUGCAUUAUGCACACAUACACCAUCAACAUGUGACUCUCUUAAAGAGGCUUCACAAUGUGUUUUUGAUCUUUUCAUGCCUCACUAUAAGAAGCUCUUUGCAGUAUUAAGUUAAAAGGCCUCCAUUGUUUACACUUAAGUCAAGCAGGAAUGUGAUUACGAGGGUCAAAGGAGCAGGAUACCACAAAUAAAAUAUUAGAAAGCGAAUGGAGUCUUUAGUGAGGGUGCAGUUAAUUUGGUUGUAAAAUCAUACACUUAGUUCUCAUUGUACAGCUUUAAAUGAUCUGAACAGGAGCUGGAAAUAUUCGAUUUAGUUUUUGUAGCCAGUGAGAUUAUGACUCCUGUAUUGUCGAAAACAGCUGCCAAUCCUACAUGAAUUUAUGAAAAAGCUAAACAGUUCAGGAAAAUAUUGCAAGUUUUAAUAACUCAGGUAGUGAUGCAUAUCUGAAGAAUUCCAAAUCGUGCUCUGUGUGGAAUAACAUUGGUUUAAUAAAUCAAGUCAUCUUUCACAGACAGAUACCGUAGUUCUGCUCAAAAGUUCACAAUUUUCAUGGAUCUGUUAUCACAACAAAAAUGAAAAAUGGAAUCAUCUUUUUCCUUAGAUUCCAUGGUUUAAAUAAGAUUUAUUGCGCUCUUAACUGUGUUUCCAUUUUCAUUAAGAGUUGCUUUUGUCAAGACCACGAGGGUGCGUAUCUGAUAGAGAUGGUUUAGGAUAAAGCAAUUCACUGCUAGAAAAAGCAGAGGAGUUAGUUUCAUCCCUGAUCGGGGAAAAAAUGAGCCUUGUUGUUCCUGAUGUUCCUGAUCACUCAUGACCCUGAAAUGGCACUUAAGUGAUGUAAUGCUGUGUGCUGAAAGCUGAUGAUACAAGUAAUGAGUGCGCGCCACGUGCAACAAAGAUUGCCAGACACACAUGUCCACGUGUGUGUUGUGCAUGCAAAUGAAUCCCAUGUGUUCUUGUAGUCAAUUUUUGAAUAUCCAGAUUGUUCUCAUUUAAAGAUGGGGAAUAAAUUUGCACUAAAACAGCGCAUCCUUAGUCUCACAGUGCUUUCACACUACUCAUCAUAUUCACCUACAUAAACCACUCAGGGGCAGAGGAUGCUAUAGAUGAGUAUUGAGAAAUUCCAUUCAUAUGCAUUCACACACUGCUGGCUAUGUCAUUUGGAGCAAUUCAGGUUCAAUGACUUAUCUGAAGAUGCUUUGGCAUGUGACAAGCUUGAUAAAGAGGUCUGACAAGAUUUUAGAUCCAACAACUUUUACAGAAUUGGAAAGUAAGGAAUGAGGCAGGUGUACCUGAUAGUGGAGACUUGAUGUGCUGCCAGGGUUUGACUUGUGAAAAUGAAUUAUUCCUGAAUUGGUAAAACAUGUGCCUUAUUGUGUUUUGAGCAUGGUGUCAUUGAGUUCAGACUCAGAUGAAACAAAAUUAGAAACAUCUCACAGCAAUCAACGAAAGAUUUGUGCGUUAAGUUGACAAAACAAUUAAACACCGAUACCCCCCUUAAUACAGGGCUCAAGAAUUUCUCAUUGGUCCAAGAAGUUAUAAACAUUAUUAUUAUUGCAGGCCUGAAGUGCUAGUCAUAUGUUGUGUCGAAGCAGUAGUGCAGCCACCCACCACUAACUGAGGCUGUUACUGCCAUAAUGCUCUACUAUCUGGAUGUAAACAAGCUCAGAUGACCAAUGGAAUCUUGUAGUGCAGCAUGGUUUUGGCUUUAUUUUCAUAUAGAAAAUGAAGGUAAAGUUGUGCUUUAAUUGUGUUUAGCUCUGUUAAGGAAUAACCAUGCACAAACAAAACUGUAAACAUCUUUAAUCACAUGGAGGCACUUAACGACUCAAUGUAAAGUGUUACAUGGGGAUUAACCCACGAGCCAGACAGAUUACAAGAUCUGCAAGGUUCCUGUUCUUACUGUUUCCUUGGCAUGGCCGGAUUGCUGAGUUAUUUGUGUUGACCAUGUAAACUUUGUUGUGUGGUACAGAGUUCUAGCUAGCUGUCUCAUGAUUGCCACACCCAAAUUGUUCGCUGAAAUUGAAUGAAUAGUGAUGUUUAAUUGAAAUAAUGUUUCUGUAUCGAUGAUGUUUGUGUUGGUUCUUCUGCUCCCUGCGACAGUUUCAAGGGAUGGUUCCCGCUAAAACUGUAUUUUCCACUUCCUUAUAUGAUCCUAAGCUUCCCCUUCCUGUUUUGGAGCAGGGUGCUCAACUGCGGCUCAUGCCUGACUCUGUAUGAUCCACAGAGAAAACAGAGGUUUUUGUAAUACUGAGCAUGAAUUCAUCUGUGUUUACUUGGUUUUUAUCCUUACACAGCCUAGCAUCUACUUUAAUGUGUGACACUGUGACAGUAUCGUUGCCAUAAUGCUUCUUGACUUGACAGUCUUUUAAUUGGUCAGGGUGCUCAGCUGAGAGGGGCUGGCAUGAUUCAUUACUGCAACUGUGAAGACAGCCACAGAACCCAGUGCAUUUCUCAUUCUUGGUAAGGCCAUCCAAGUGAAGUUGCCAGAUCACCAAGUCAUCCUCGCACCACAGAUUUUCAGUCUCUCAGCUGUCCCUUGUUGUCAAGGCGGAGGAAAACACAGAAUCCUUGGCUGUGUUCACACACGCCCACCCCUUCUUUAAACACACCCAAUUAAGCUAUGUGGGGAACUUGUAGUCAGACUGGCCUGUUCCUCAGCAGCUGAGAUCUGCUCUGUUCAACCCCCAGCUGUGUUUGUUCAGGAGUAGUCUAUCCUUUGGCAAGUUUUUGUUUCAGGGGCAACAUGAUAUUCCAAGAGGUCAUCUACAGCUGAUCCUCAUUGUUUGCUAACUCACAGUCUCAAACGGUUGCCUCUUCUGUGAUGUAAGUGAUACCUCUGGAAACCAUCAUGUGCUCUUUUUUCAUGUUGUUCAAAUACAGUCAAGAGUGAUUGACACUUUUGUAGCUUUUAAUGAUAGUUGCUAAACAUUAGCCUCAGUUUGGUAGUUAGCUCAUUCAGAAAUAUUUCAACAGCUGUUUAAUGGAUUGUUCAAUCUGUUCCACUGUCAUGUGGUUCUUUGAGCAAUAACCAUAUAGGCUGUGGUGAUUCUUAGAUUAUUGCUCCAGCAUCAUCAUGAAGCUAACCCUUUUGACAAAAAUAAAAUAUUGACAACUUUGAUGGUAUUUAGUGGAGUUGUGUUUCUACAGAUGGGUGAGAUAUUUCAAUUAAGCCAGUACAUUUGUAAGACAGAUACAGUAGACCUACAGUGAUUAAUAUACUGUACCUUUUUAUGAACUAGUUAAGGGGAGUAUCAGCUGUUAUCCAUCCUGAGGUCCCAGAAAAGACGUUAGGAAGGAAAAAUGCUGUUGAGAUUUCAUUAACAUUUAAAGGGAUAUUCCAGCGUAAAAUUAAGUUAGGGUCAAAAACAUCAAGUUAGACACCCCCUCGAGAGAUGAAUGUUGCCGACUGCUUGCUUCUCUAGUUAUACCAACUUUAGUAACAACUGCAGGAUAGCCAUACACAGCGGUCUGAGGAGCCAUAAACAAACCUCAACCAAAACACAACUCUAGGCACUACAGCCACAAAUAAUGUUCAGAACAGUACCUAACUUCAUCAACAGUACAUAUAAGGUCCCAGCCAUAGCGCUAGCCACCAAACAUCUUUUUAACUUUGCCUAAUUUCUUUAUCAAAGAGACUAAACACAACUCACCUACUCUCUUCAAGCAGCUUGUUGUGGCAAGACCUUGGACGAGUCCAUUAUGGACUGCUGCAGGGUGACAAAGCUCAAGGAAGAACAUUUAUGAUCAUUUCUUCAUGGAAAUGCAAUCAGACCAAGACGCUAAGGCAAAAGAACUACUGCGUCUGCAGUGCAGGAUAAUUAAUCUGGUGAUUAUUACUUCAAAGAAAUGAUAAAGAGGUCUAUAGAGAAGCUAUCAUAGUCAGUUGCACCUUUUAGCACUUUGAUACGUUCCUAGAUUUAACCUUAUGCUUUGUGAACUAAAAACCUAAAAAUCUAAUGACAUUCCCACCAACCUCUUUCAGACUUUGUGUUAAGACGUAAGAAGCUAAUUAAAGCCUACUAAGAGUCCAAAUCUGGCAGUGGCCUGGUUUAAUUGUACCUUCAAACAUUAGCAUGCUAGAAUCUAGCUAGAAUGAAGUACAACCCUACGGGGCAGUUAGCAUGGCUGCAGACUUAAAGGAUUGGUAUCUUGUAUUUAACAAGUUGCCAGGCAACUUUUGUAGUUGUCUGAGUUGGGUUAGGAGAUCUUUUGGGGCCCUCUCAGAAUCCAGUCAUUAAGAUAGAUAACUCUGUUUCCAGUUUGAACACCCCCCUCCACCCCAACCAUCACUCACCAGCCCCCAGAAGGCAAAUACUUGGCACCCAACUAAAAGCAAACACUAGGGGAACUACCAGUUUCCUUGGUGCUUGGUGAUCUCUAUGUGGUCCCCUUUUUUGUCCGCAUGGUUUCCUCUAGUGCCACUAGAGGUCACAGCCAUGGGCCUCAGCGUCUUUGUUAAGCCCCAUAAUGGCCCUAUUCUUUCACUGCAGCAAGAACUUCCACGCCUACUAGACAGUUAACACCACUGAGACUCACAGAAAGGAAAUUAGAGGCGGAUGCACAGAGAUAUGGGAGUGUAAAUGACUAUGCAUGUGGUGUAAUCUCUGCGAAAUGGUUUAGAUAUUCUCUAGUUGACAUUCAAAGUGUCAUUGGUAAACAGAACAGUUUUAUCAGUAGCAAUGUAAACAUUUAAGUUGCCGAACUUGGGAUGUGACUGAAGUGAGGAUGCUUUCUAUAAGCAUUACAUUUCUAAUGUGUGUCAUUUUUAUUAAGAAUACUUUGUUUAACUAACAUAUUCAUCUGAACGCAGUGUAAAAAGCUGUAUUCGAGUUGAUAUGCUCAUCACUUUGUUCUGUCUUUGCUCUUUCAAAGACCAUACAGCAUCAGUCUGGUUCUGUUUUUUUCUUGUUUCAGAAUAGUUCAACAUCAUAACCUCAAACCAACAUGUAGAGGCAGUCACAGUGAAAAGAUCACAGAGCAAUACAAAAGACCCGAACAAUGAGGUUCCUGUGUCAGUCAGCCCAUUUUCUAACCUCCUUUUCUGGGUCACAUGCAACCUGGGUCUUGGAUUAUUGGGCAAGACCGGUUGCCCUGAAACAUAAAAGGCAAACAUAAUGGUCCAGUUUUUGUUCAGUUGUAUUGGAAAUGUAAUGCCUCUCUUCAAGUUAUGUAUAAAAGCUGCAAAGACAGAAUUGUAAACAUCAAUUAUGCAGUGAGGUAGUUACAUAAAAAUGAGGUAUUUAUGUCUAUAUAAAGUUAAAUAUUUUAGAUAUAUUAUAUAUUUUGAGAGACACAGAACAAUAUGGAAAGCUCCCUGCCAGUCAGUCAGUCAUAUUCUGACUCUUUUUACCGCAAGGCCUCAGUGCUAACCACUGAGCCGUUGUUAAUAUGGUGAUCAUAAACCUGUUCGGUAACAGAGAUCCCUCUGGAUUUUAAUGGAAACUUAUUUGGCAUGGUAAAUUAACCUGUGAUUUAUUAAUAGUGGGGACUUUUUUAGCCUUUACUUUUGCUCUUAUGAGGACAGUCUCAUAUGAAUAGCUGUACAUCACUGACAGUGUUGAAAAAUAAAUGGAUAACCAAUUUGUGAUAUACUUGCUAGAUAUUAACAAGUAACUUCACCCACAUAGUAUCAUUUUACAAAGUGUACUUCAUAUCUCAUUUCCAGUAGACUUUGAUAGUCAUUCAUUAUGCAGUAGGUGUCCACAGUGUUGAAUACUAAUCUUUAAAGUCUUAAUGAGCAGAAUUAUGUGCUCUUCUCCUUUUCUGAGCUUGUAACCAGAACCGUACACAAAGCUGUGAUUGUGCUGUGCUGCUGUGUCUUGCCUUUUAACAAUAGACUAAGACAGAGCAGUUGUCAGUGAAAGAAAGCAGAAGAAUAGAAGAGAGAGGAAAAGAAAGAUAGGUACUUCACAAGUGUAAGUGACUAAAGAAGAAAAGAAAACUUUCCAACGGGCUCUCAUUUUUUCCAUGUAAAAGUCAUUCAUAGGCAGGACACAAAAUUACAGAGCCCCUUUUCUGAGAAAGAGAGAGAGGCCAAACAAGUGAGGCCUAUUACAGUAAAAGAGAAAAUAGAUUUGAGGAAAGUUCCAGGUGUGGAAGGAGAGGUUCAAGUAGAUGAGCUGGAAAAAAGAAAGAUCUGGAAAGGAGCAAAGAGUAAAGGCAGGACCGACCGUUCUCGACUGUUUGUCUCAAGUCAAAAACGUGAGUUUGCUGUAACUGGAUCUCAGCUGUGGUGAGCUCAUACAAGGGGCCUGCCAGCAGCCUCAGAGAGAGCAGUCCACCCAUGAUCCUUUAGCCUGCUGUAGCACUGUGCAGCUCAGCCACAGGCCUGCUGGCUUAAAUAUCGUGUAUAGUUUUACAAGAGUACUAGUCUGUGAAUAUGGCGGAGGUGAUAAAAGUAGACGUGAAUGAAAAUCUGACCUGCUAUCCAGUGAAAUACAUGAAUUUAUUAUCCUUGUGUUUGCACAGAUUAACGUGAUAUAACUUUGUUUACACAGCACUGGCUUUCUAGGGCUUGAGUGACGAGUAAUAAAAUCCUUAAAUCAAUUCUAAAACUAACAAUAAUCUAAAGUGACAACAAGAUCCAAGAGUGGCCAGUGGCAUGCCACACCAUGUGUCCUUGUGUGUGCCAUUGUCAUUAGUGUGCCACCAGAGGGCCAGCAGCAUAUGUUGAUCGUGUUAGAUCAGUGUACCAGUCCCUCCAUUGGUAUGCCACCUGUCGAGAUUCUGCUCGGAAGUGAAAGAACAUAUCCUGUCGCUAUCAACAUAGCAAAAGCUUCUCUUACCAAAUAGAUUAGAUACAUCAUACCAUAGCUUUACUGUGACAUCUUCUACUAUUUUCAUCUUACAGAGGCAGGUAUAUGCCAAGUUGGAGCACUGUAAAUACAUUUAGUAACUUCUUGUCUUUUACAGCUUUAAACAGCCACGAUUUUUAAUCAUGCACUCAACAUUUUCACUGUCAAACUAGUUUUACAGAGAAACAGUCAGAAAACUUGCUCUGAAGUCCACCCUAUAUAUUCCUCAAGAUCCCAGAUUUCACCGUUCAUCACGAUAAAAAACCUGCAUGUGCCGUUGUCUACCGGCAUGCGGCUUCUGAUCCAGGGGUGUGUAUUGUUUCCUUACAGGAUAGUGACUUUGCCCGCUGGUGGUUUUAUGUUUUCAGUUUAGAAUUAGUCUGUGUGUCUGUGUCUGGUGAAAAUAUUCUGAAGGGGAAAAUAGAAAAUAAAAGUUCUCAUUUUACAUGAAAGUUAUCGACUGACUUCCAGGAUCCUUGACUUAAAGGGAUGUUCUGGCAUAAAAUUCAAUUAGGGUCAAACACACCGUAACACCAAGUUAGACACCCCCUUGAGAGAUGAAUGUUGCUGACCGCUUGCUUCUUUAGUUAUACCAACUUUAGUAACGAAACCUAAACAUAAACAAACCUCAACCAAAAAGCCACUCUAUAGCCACAAAUAAUGCUCAGAACAGCACCUAACUUCAUCAACAGUACAUAUAGGGUCCCAGCCACAGUACUAGCCACCAAACAUCUUUUUGGAUUAUCCCUUUAAUUUACUCCGUGAAAAUAACUUCAUCUUGUCUGUGUUACAAAAAAGUAAUAAAGCAGAGCUAAUUAGACCUCAGAUUAUUGAUUCCUCAUGACUGUCAGAUUUUAUGAGGCAUCAUCUGUCCUCACACGUGGAUUUAAGUAAGUGCUUAAGUGUACGCCCACGCACACAGGAUUUUACUCAGCUGUGUCGUUUAGUACAUAGAGUUUGUGUCAACACCAGACAAGAAGUCGCAGUUGACCUGAGGGUUUAUCAGCACGCCCAGAGUCCUUGAGUUCUUCCAAUUAUCAAGAUAUAUAUUUGACAAUGCCAUACACUACUUUGUUCUGUAUUUUAUUAUAUUUUUUCUUCCUUUUCAGUUGCCAAACCUGCUUCGAUGGAUUUGAGAUAGUGCCAAGAGGAGUUUUACUCUCACCCUGAACUUCAGCCUCCCACAUUCACCCACAAUGGCAGAUCCUGCAGGGCUGAACUCUGAGGGGGCUGGGGCGGGCAUAUCCGAGGUCGACGCCUGUAGUCUGGAGAUAGUGAGGAAGUAUGAUGUCAUCCCUGCUGUCAUCUGCUCCAUGUGCUGCCUGUUUGGGAUCAUCUACUGCUUUUUUGGUGAGGGGCAAAGUUUGGCAUGAACCAAGCUGGAACACAAUGUUUUAUUGAUAACAUCACACCCAUUUGAUUUCUAAUCAUGACAGUCUGUUUCUAAAAGGACAUAUGGAUGACCUCUCUUGUUUUUCUUCCUCUAGGUUACCGCUGUUUCAAGGCUGUCAUGUUUCUGUCUGGUCUGAUGUUUGGCUCUGUCAUCAUUUUCUUGCUGUGCCACAAGGAGCAUGUGCUGGACACUCAGCUGAGUGUGGAGGCCAGCGCAGGUAUUGGACUCGGUAUAGGCCUGCUGUGCGGUCUGGUCACCAUGCUGGUGAGAAGUGUCGGCCUCUUCAUGACCGGCCUGCUGCUCGGCCUCCUCCUGGCUCUCGCUGCCCUGCUACUCGCUCACCAGUUCUACACUCCCACCACAGUCUGGGUCCCACUGGGUGCUCUCCUGGGAACAGGCAUGCUGUUUGCCGUGCUAACUCUGCAGUGGCAGAAGCUCUUCACCAUGCUCUCCACCGCUGUGUUCGGGGCAGCCAUCAUGACUGUGUGUGCUGAUUACUUUGUGGAGAUGCUGGCUUUGGCCAUGCACAUAUAUGACUGUCUGCGACUCACAGCGGGGCCCCCUCUCUGCUGGUACAGCUGGGUCAUUCUGGGCAUCUGGCCCGUCCUUAGCCUCAUAGGCGUGUUGGUCCAGUGGAAACUGACAGACGACAAUUUCUCACACACUGACGGUAAGGAGGAAGUGCUACGACGCUCUCAUUUUGCAUGUUUAAUGGAAGUGGUUGAGUGAAUGUAUUAAUCUGGAUGUGUAAGAUUAUUCUUCAUUUGAAAGCUGCUUUCCCCUCCUAAUUAGGGACUUCUUACUGAAUAACAUUUAAAGGCAACUCUGAAGUUACUACAUGUAUAAUCAUAGUAAAUGAGAAACACAGGGAUUCUGAAUCUGCCCCUUUCUCAGUCUUUUGAUAAAUGUUUUUAUUGAUAUUCAAAAAGAUUGGGUUCUUGAAAUGUUUGAUGAAAUGAAUGCAACAUUCUUGCUUUAUUUCCUGAUAAUUUACCAGCGAAAGUUAAAUCAAAUUAAAGAAGGGUGUAAAUUCCGCUCUUGUUUCUGAAAGUUGAUGCAGAAAACGCAAUAUAUGAAAGAUACACACUGACAAAUGCAAACACAACUAUGGCAGUGGUUUUUAACUCUUGUGAAUGCAAAGAAAUAAAAUAACCACUAUUACCUGCAAUCUUUUAAUUUGUAAUUGUAGAUUUAGAAAAAUGAUCCUAUAGUAUGUAAAGGAUAACGUGUGUGAAUUAAAACCCUGACCGGGUGAGUGGGGCCCUGAUUGCUCUUGACUCAGGGAGAACCACCUGUUCACUAUACGAUAUCCUGCUUAUUACCAACUGGAAUCAGAAAUAAUUUGACACAAAAUAUUAAAAUAAUCUUAAAGCUGCUUUUGAAUUUCUUCCUCUUCUUGUAGUUGUUAUUAGUCGGAGACAGAAGAGAGUCCAGCUGAUGCGGAUUCGGGAGAAAGACGCCAAGAAGCGCCAGCAGUCAGGUGGGCAGGAAGGCACAUACCGCCGUAAACCCACUCCAGUGAAACGUUACGCUGGGGAUCUAUUGGCACCGGUCAGUGUCACCCCACAGAGCGUGUGCUGCUAAAUUUAAGCCAUAGAAUCUUCAUUUUUAUCAUUUUUUCUACAUCUCUCUUUUUUUUUUGUUUUGUUUUCAGAGCUACCUGCAAAGUCUGCGGGACAGACAGAUGGGCACUGGCACUUCCCUUAGCAGCCUGGGUACAGUCAACCACACCAUGAUUGACCUGGACUUUGAGACUGGGUCCACUGCCCCUCUCACAACAACAACCCCUGUUAUCAGAGUCUGAGAAACUCUAAGGUUCGAAAGGACUGAUCGGUGCUCGCUGGUUCCCCAGCUGUGUCUGCCUUAAGUAGAGCAGAACAAAUAAACUGUUUCCUCAGCCAAGGGUUUAUCCUGCCUCCAAAUCGGCCCAGAGCGAGGAUGGGAGUCCGCCUGGGUGUUCAGUGAAGGAGAAAGCUGCCUAGUCAGAAGUACAUGUGUGAAGCUCCUGUUUGGUGAAAACUAUAACCACUGCAAGCUGUGUGUUUCACAGAGAAACACUCAAGACGGAUAUUUCACACAGCAAGGUCCUUUAUUUCCUCUCAUAAUGAAGCGAAUGCAUUCAAAAGCAAGUACGAGCCUCGAGAAGUAUAUUUCUGUUUUUGUCGUGAAAAUGACUCAGCAAUAUGUUUGACAUUACAUGUACUGUACUCAAAAAAUUAGUCAUCGCCAUGAAGUGUUGUUUUAUGAUUUCCUGUAUGGUCAAUAUGUGAAAGAUUGUCACUGAAUAACCUUUUUUUAGAGGAAAGUAAAUAUGAUAUUUAGUUGGAUAAAUGGACAUAUAAAAGUGAAGCAAAAACUAGACAAUGCAACUGAAAUAGUUUGUUUUUAAAAGCUCUUUGUUUGAGCUUUUGGCCGAAUCUUUCUCAGCAGCACUCUUAAUCCUACGACUUUUUGUGUGUGUGUCAGAAGACAGUAGAUGAAGAUUUGUGUAUGCUUGUGGAUUAAGCUUUUAUAACUUAUUUUAUAUAAUAAUAAAGUAAAUUGUACAUUUGACAAAAAAAAGAAUAAAAAACAAGCAUGACUGUUGUUACUUUGUAGAAUUUUGAAUUUUCAUACCUUUUGUCGUGUGGAUUUUACAGAAACAAAACACUUUGUUACCUGUUUAUGUACAUACUUGUUGAUAGAAAUGUCAAAGAUGAAUAAAUUUGUUUGAUACAAAAACAGAAACUUCUAUUUGUUCGAAUCGGAGAAACUAAGCUGUUCGCCCCUUUAGGCUCUUGGCAACAUUGGCAGCAUUUUUUUUUUUUUUUCAUGGAAAAGAAAGAGGUCAUAGGGAGGAUUUCCUACUCUGCCAGUGGUUGGGCUUUUCAUGGUCCAAGUUCUGUGUGUGUGUGUGCAUGAGUGUAUCAGACAGUACGGGACAGAUCAGGCUUUUAUCAUGAUAAUUGUUAAAGUUAUUGAGUCAUUUAACUGGU